AACUUGGCAGAUGCAGAUAGGUUGACGAGAUAGCCUGCUUUCACCUACAAGCGUCACACGCUACGACGCGUCGGUCCUUCGUCUUUACAACACCCUCGUAAUUGCCUGCUAUUUCUUGCGCGAGCGUUGACUCAGCAGAGCUGUUGGCAGCAAGCAAGCUCUUUCCGCAGCUACCCGGCUACUCUCCGAAGCUGUGCCUGCUCGCUUACUGUAGAUAUCUUCCCCGGUGGACAAUUUCACCGUCCCUGGGCCACGUUGCGGCUCACUGUGAUAACGUGCCAGCAUGUCUUCGCUCAAGAAGGCCUUGACAGGUCUUACCAAACCUCGCAGUGGCAGCAACUCAGGGAAUGCCAGUGACACUGAGAAGGCGUCUGAGAACCCUUCCCGCCACGGUACUGGCUUAUCGUCGCUCUCCAACGGUAGUCUGGCAGGCCUGCACCGCAAAAGUGUCGACUCACAGGGCAGGACGCCACGCCGGUCCGUUGACCACCAUGCUCGAACGGGCACAAGCACGCCCCUCGGCAUCUUCAGGCGGAGAAAGCGAACACAGUCAGAAGACUCUUUCUCCUCCACCGAAGAUAUAGGGCUCAACGGUGAGGAGGACCACACCAGUCGCGGGCAGACCCACAAGCAUGCCAAGCAACUCGCACGUGAACUGCACAAGAAGGAGGCCGCAGAUCGGAGGGAAGCGGACCGCAAGCGCAAGGAGGAGAUGGAGGCUAAGGCCAAGUUGGAGGAGACGGACGAUCAGAGGUCGAAGUACGGCGUGCUCCCCAUCAACAACUACGCCGGCAAGGAACGCAGCGAAACUUGGGCAGACAUUCGCAACCUCAAGGCGAGCCACGUUGGCGAUGUCGUCCUCUUCCGUGCUCGCUUGCACAACAUCCGCAAGCUCAGCGCACAUCUCAUGUUCGUGGAGCUUCGACAGCAGACUGCUACGAUACAAGGUGUGCUGCACGAGCACGGCUCUGUGUCCGCCCACUUCCUGUACUGGGCGGAGCAUCUGCAUGUCGAGACUGUUGUCCGUGUUCGCGGCGUCAUUCAGGAACCGAAGGCGCAACAAGGCGAGGUCCUUGGCGUCACUAUUCAUGAUAUUGAGAUCCACAUCCACGAGAUGCAUGUGGAGGCUCAACCAAGCGAGCCAUUACCGUUUACGGUGCACGAGGCUGAGAUAUCAAAGGCCGAGACCGAGCAAGAGGGCGAUACUCGUCACCGUGUAUCGGACCCUGCGCGCCAGGCUAAUCGCAUCAUUGACCUCCGUACUACCACCGCUCAGGGCAUCUUCCGUGUCCAGUCAGCAAUCUGUCACGCGUUCCGCAGCAACCUGACUUCGCUAGGUUUCAUCGAGAUCCACACUCCGAAGCUCUGGGGAGCUGCUUCAGAGUCUGGCGCAAGCGUGUUCAAGGUCGACUACUUCGGCCGGCCAGCGUUCCUGGCCCAGUCACCACAGCUCGGCAAGCAAAUGGCAAUCGCCUCAGACAUGCGAAGAGUAUUCGAGAUCGGCCCUGUGUUUCGUGCUGAGAAUAGCAAUACUCACAGACACUUAACGGAGUUCACUGGUUUGGAUCUUGAGAUGGCGAUCGACGAGCACUAUCAUGAGGUCUUGCGUGUCCUGGACAGUACUUUUAAAGCCAUCUUCAAGCACAUCUACGACAACUACCGGCGGGAGAUCGAGGCUGUAAAGCACCAGUUCCCACAUGAGGACUUGGUGUGGCUCGAAGAGACGCCCGUCAUUCCUUUCGCGCACGCCAUCCGUUUACUCAACGAGUCUGGACAUCUAAGCGAAGACGGCAAGCAGCUACCAGAGAACGAAGAUCUGGGCACGAGAGACGAGAUCGCACUUGGUCGCGUGAUCAAAGAGAAGUAUAAGACUGACUACUACGUGCUCGACAAGUUUCCUGCGUCUGCCCGCCCCUUCUAUACCAUGCCUGACCCAAACAACCCUGAAACGACAAACGCUUUCGACAUCUUCUUGCGCGGCCAAGAGAUUCUAUCUGGCGGCCAGCGCAUCCACGAUGCACCAACGCUCGUUGCGAAGAUGGAGAAGAUGAAGAUGGAUCCAAGCACGAUGGAGGAAUAUAUGAGCGGUUUUGAGUGGGGCGCACCACCGCACGGGGGCGGUGGUAUCGGCCUGGAGCGCAUCCUCAUGCUGCUAUUGCAGCUCGGCGAUAUUCGGCACGCGACAAUGUUCCACAGAGACCCGAAGUCACUUCCUUACAAGCCCCCCGUCAAGCAGCUCCGGCAUCCGGAGGCAAGUACUCUGCACCCUCCUUGGGAGGGCAAAGACCGUGCCGCAGCUGGCAUCGAGCUUCAGCCGGUCGAGAAGCUCAUUGCCAACUACGGCGACGCGUCGAAUACCUCGUGGCUUGAGCCGAAGUUCGAGGUUUGGCGCGAUCAUCACACAGGUGCCGCUGUCGGAUACGUGCCGCAUCAAGGCUUCGCCAUUACCAUCGGCGACCCACUGUGUCAUGUUAGCCAGUAUGCGAAAACAAUGGCUGGAUUUCUGCGUUUCAUAAAGAAAGAGGCACACCUGAAGCCGCUGUGGCUUCUCAUCGGUAGUACCGGAGAGGCCGUGCUAGGCGAAAAGUUCGACUGGCGAACAUUCUCCGUCGCCGCUGAACAACGCUUGAACCCAGCCGACAAUCCGGCAAUGCAUGACAGCGACCUGCAACGCAAGGUUCGGCAUGCGGAGAAGGAGGGUGUAAAACUGCACGAUAUCUUGCUCGGCGAACCCGUACCCAAGGAGAUCGAGGAGAAGAUCGACCAGCGCGUCCAAGACUGGCUCCAUGGCCGUAAAGGCAAGCAGGUCCAUCUCACGGACGUGCACCCAUGGCAAGACGUCGCUCAUCGUCAGUACCACUACUCUACCACGCCCGACGGGCAGAUCCAAGGUCUCGUGAUCCUUGCGCAGCUGUCGCCGGAUCAUGGCUGGCAAAUCAAGUUCUCCCUAGACUUCCCCGGCGCGCCUUCUGGCUCAAUCGAGGCUCUUGUCAUGCACGCCUUGAAGGCUGCCGCUGCGACUGGAGCGACGUCCUGUACAUUCGGCGGCGGUGCGACGGACACUUUCAAGCUGGGCCACAACAUGAAGGGCACCAGGGUCAAGGUGUUGAGUAAAGCGUACCACUCCUACGCGGCGCGCAUGCACUUGACGAAUAAGUCGGAGUUCCGGCAGAAGUUCAAUACGCAGGAAGAUCCCAUCUAUGUCUGCUACCCUCCGCAUGGUUUAGGACCCCUAGGCGCUCGCGCUGUGUUGAGCUUUUUCGAGGAUGAGGACGAGGGCGGCAAAGUUUAGGACACCCGUCGCAUGUCGUCAAAGCCAGGUAGAAGUCCUCUCCGGCGCUUCGGGACGUUAGUCAAAGGUUCAGUCACGUCACUAACGGCAGGCGGAGAUGGAUCAAGCCUUAGCUUGCCAUGGUCAUUGUCUGGUAGUUCUUCGAGGUCAGAGUCAUCGGAACAGGAGCGCAUAGCUGGAGGUGCGGGGAGGUUUCGACGUUGAGACAUCACGAUGGCCGCAAGGAGAGUAUUGCUACUGGGGUUUUGAGGGUGGAGGUAACGACGGAGCUUCCAUCAGUGCUGGUAAUACUAGCGGAUAUCGUGAACGGCCUG